AUGAAUGAGAGUAAAAUUUUAAAGAAGAAUAAGGUGAAAGUUAAAAAGAGAAAAAGCAAUGAACCGGUUGAACUCCCAAACAAUGUAUCAUUCAAUCCAUAUAGGAACUAUAAGCCGCCUAACACAUCUGGAGUAUCGAAAAAAAGGAUAGCCAGAGACCCGAGAUUUAGUGAUUUCUCGGGAAAACUGAACAUAGAAAUGUUCAAAAAGUCGUAUAACUUCUUGAAUGAGAUGAGGAACGACGAAGUGAAAGAUAUAAUGGCAGCAAUUAAAAUCAAUAAAAAACAUGGCCCAGAUAGCGUUAAGGGAAUAAACGCAUUGAAAAAAAUAGAACACCUGAACAUUGGAAGCACAGAUGAAGCCAAGAGAGCACUGGACAGAUAUAAAACAGAAAAGGCACAACUCGAAAAGAAUGAAGAGUUGAGAGACCUGAAGAAGUCACUGAUCAGAGAAGAAAAGGAAAAAAUAGAAACAACAGGAAAGAAACCAUACUAUUUCCCAGACAAAAAGGUAAAGAAAUUGUAUAAAGAAAUGCAGAAGAAGAAAAUAGAAGAAACAAUGAAAUCAACAGCAAUCAACUACGGACCAAAUAGGUCAAUACAUAAAAAACUGGAGUCGAAGAGCAGAAGAAAGCUUCCGAAGGAGCGUAAACACGACGCAAUACCGAAAUUUAGAGAUGUGUAA